UCGGUGAGUUUGGGGUUGAAACUCUUUCAGAAAACUCGGAGGAUGAGUUGAACAUACAUCGAGAGUCGGACGAGGAAUCAUGUUUAUCCGACUAUCCUUCAGAUCUGUCAGAUACAGAACCCCGGCCAGUAGUCGCAUAUGCUGCGCCCCAUCGACGGACUGCUGUUCAAGUGGUAAUUCCAUCCUCGACAGCUCUCCAACAGCAGCUAGCACAGGAAGAAGCCCGGCAACGCCAGUUUCGACAACGGAAGCCGAUCCAGCUGCAUCCGUAUGUGCUGGAGGGCGAGCGCUAUCGCAGAGAGGUGCAGAGUCGAGGCCUCAAGCCCGUCCCACGCCAGCGGUCUCCGCUGCGGAGACAGGAUCACAAUGACGCCGAGAUGCAAGCAGAAGAGUUCGAUCCGUUUGAAAACGGUCCAAGUAGUUCUCUCGAUCCUGAAAUCUUUGUCUCCACUCCUAUUGCCCAACAAACAGGGAACGAUCAGCGGAAUAGCUCGAUUAGACGGCCAAGACCAACCCAGGUCCAACGUGGGUCUCCGGCUAUCCAGCUACGUGUGCCAAAGCCGGCUAAGAAGAGGAGGCUCAAUGGGUCUCUCUCUCAGGCUUUAGCAACACCAACAAGGGCAUCUGAGCGUAGCAUUGCUCCUGUAGAUAUCUGGUCGAUCCCUCCUAACUCUCCGCCAUACUCCAGUAGUCCACCCUUGAAUGCACUCUUAGACAAGCUGAUCUCAACAAGAAACGUCGACAACUUACCUACGCCGUCCAAUUCUUCAACGUUCCACGACGAACCUCCACCACUCCCUGAUUCAGACUCUGACGCUGUGCCCCGCAGCGCACAGAGAUCUGGAGGGGGGUUGCGCCGGCCAAUCAGGGUUAUACUCAGUGAUGAACCGUCGUCCGACUCAGACGCGGCUAGUAGUGCAUCUGAGCAAGCAGAUGGCGAGCUACAGAAAGUCGGCAAGAAAAUCAAAGGAGUUCUUCCAGCAUCUUGGCUUCGGAUUGACCGACAGGCCCAGGAACGACGACAAUCGCUCGCUCGCCAACGAGUGCGACAGAGUGCCACUCAUUCUCCUGAGCCAACAGAACCUCAGCGUGGCGUAGCAAAAAGAGUCGUUAAACCGUCUAGACGUCCUUCCGGACUUGCUCGAACGUUUCCAUCCCCGGACGACGUCGUGGUCAUCUCCGACGAGUCAGACCAGGAACCCGAAGCUACUGUUCAUCGUCCGGCCAACAAUGCGCAAGACUUGACUGAAGACGCAACCUCCCUGGCUGCUAUGUUUGACGAUCGCUAUGCCGAGGCUUUCGAUGAUCUCGCAAGUAUGGAGCAUGAUCGAUUGCCUUUACCGACUCUUGGAGGUUCUGCGGCUAAGCGAAAGCGACAGCCAAAGAUCACAGACGUCUUGGGAAACGCAAAGAGAUCAAAAACCUCGAGAUCGACCGUGCUACCUAAGAGUAUUCGUCCUUCGAAGCUCACAUCUGGCUCCUCUACGCGGAAAAAGCAGGUCGGUCCGAGAAGAGCACGUACCCCCCUACCAGCUCUCAGUAUUGUGGACGUCGAGCUACCUCGAGACGUGCCCCAAUUUCUCAAGCUUGCAAUGCGAGCUGCACGCCGAGAUGUCGACCAAGCUCGUCAAAGCCCCCAUCGAAAGCAUAUCCUGCUACAUACAGCACAGGAUACGAGAGACGCGACUGCUACUCUUCAGCAGUGGCAGCAGGGUCUACUGCAACCUGCAGUCACGCCUAACACCAAUCAAAGAUGUGGAAAUCGCCUUCCCUUGGCAGACACAACAGAAAAUCGGCAGCGAGGAUCACGAUCGAACAAUCCCAGCAAGGAUAGUGGAGCCAACGCCACUAUCGACCUUGUAUCAUCGACGUCGAAGUCACGGCCACAUGUGCGCAAGACGGUGGCUUCCGCUCUCCAGGUGCUCCAGAGGUCCUCGAAUGUUGCUAGCAAGCCACGUCGACUGGAACAUGUAGCAAAGCCCCAUAAAAGGUCGGAAGAGGUGGUCCGACAUGGUGGAGCUCCUUUAAGGACCGCGCAGCUUGAGGGCGACGAGAGAAAUUUUGGUCGUAGUCAUCGCAAGAUAGCGUUCCAGAAGGGUCUACACCGUGUGAAUCUGCAGUCUGGUAUCCAUCAAGAUCCCAAACAGCGCUUUCUGAACCCACAGCUGGCGCGAUUCCUUGCUGAUGAUGAUGCUGUACUCCCGCCACUACCAACGGCCGCAGAAGCAGGAGAGUAUCGGAGUGACAGCCCUACAGGCGUCAACACUGCGAUAACUGUACCUCCGAUGCGUCUCAAGCAGAAGCUUCAAGCUACACGUAUUGACAUCGACGCGCGAGAAUAUCGACAACCAAGUGAGCCGGAGUUUGAGCCUACCUCUGUAGUUCCGACUGUGGUUCUGAGUGAAAGUGCACCCACAGAGAGGAGCGGAGAUCAACUGCUCGGACUUGGGCUUUUCGGCACACGUUAUCCGAUUACCUUCGACAUAGCGCCACUGAAGAGUGAUACCUACUUUCAUUCAGAUACUUUCGUCGGCUCGGAGGAUCUGCGACGAGCAUUGUCAAUUAUCGACACUCGCGAUAUGGACGACCCUACAGGGUAUUGCGUAGUCUCGCAUGGCCCGACGACCAUCAGGUGCGGGCCGUGGAGCGACGAAACUUACUCGCAACUGUCCGAGCUACUGACGACAAUUCUGCCAGCACUGGUCGACGGUGGUGACAAAGUCUUGAGUGGAGCGUCUGCAAUCGAUGCCUUGACGUCUAUAACGAUAGUCUUGCGAGCGUUAGCUGCCUACAUCAGCGGCCAUCUGAGCUUUUCGGACCCAAUCGACCGAAAGGAUUUCGCGAUAAAGAUGCAGUACCUUUUGCAAGCUACAUUCAAUCGGCUCUCCAUCAUACACACGUCUGAACGCGAAACCCAAGCAUUACCAGAGCAAACGGAGAUCAUCUGUCGCGUACUGAGUUACUUACUCGUCAUUGGCACGCAAGUUCACCAUAUCGCAAAGCAUGUUGUGGUGCCCGACCUCGAUAAAGCAAGACUCUUAGACACCAUCAGGGACAUCUCCAGACUUUUGGUCAAAGGCAUGACUAUGAGAACCAAAAGGUUGUUCGACUUCCAUGAAAAGAACAGGCUCCACAGAGAGCGUGAAAAUGGUAUCCAAGGUCAGGACAUCCUUGUUGAGAGUAUCGUCAUAUCUAUGCAUGCACUCGAGCUGCUCAACACGCCUUCCCUGGGUUUCUGGGACUUGGUCAGCCAUGAGCUCUCGUCAGAGCUCUCUUCUGCGUACCAAGUGCAAGCCUUCGACAACGUUUGGGCGACACUCAUGUCGCUGCUCCCCUUCAUCGAGUUUGAUCUGUCCGGUAUUCCUGAUCGUUCUCGUCUUAGGGCUUUCGACAAGGACAACUGGGGUUGUGUAUGCAUCCUUUUGAAACGAAUCCUAGCAUUGUACUCAAGCACAUCCUCGCACGGUACUUCCCUCAACGAGUACAUCCGCGCCAACCUUACAAGAUGCUACGUACUCAUCAACGACUGGCAUUGGAAACGCCCCGAGCAGAUUCUCAAUGUUAUCUUUGAUUUCUUUGGUAAGCAUGGGUUGAAGUCACUCCGACGCGAGCCUGUCACUGGCUCAGCAGCUUUCUUGCGUAAUUUUGUAGCGGCAGGCAGCAUGACCCUCGCAUCCAACGAGACCUCUUUCCACAUCGCGCUCAAGUGUCUGGCUACGGGCUUGCAAGGCAUGGCCAAUGCAUAUCCGGAAAAGAAGUUGCUCAGCUUCGUAUUUAGACGCAUACCCAAUCAUGGCCGUACAUACCCAAAGGACCAGCCACUCGAUGAGGAAAGCUUGACCGCCUUGCGCAACCACCACGACCUGUUGUCUACGCUUUACUGUGCAGUUCCACCAUCGUGCCGUCCAAGGCUAGAUCUUUGUCGCGACCUGGUAAGCCAUGAGACUUCCCACCGCGAAGCAUGCAGGGUUAGCGUGCGUGCAUGGGCGAACUUGACAACUUUCCAAUUGUCAACGGACGAGACGUAUGCAGUUGCAAAACCGUUUGCCCUCUGGUACAAGGACAUCAUGCACCAAACAUUGAAGCAGUAUCGACUAGCCAAGACCGAAGCUGAAGAGUAUCUCAAGUCUGCAGUGCUGGAUGAUAAAUCUGGAGUUGUAGCCAAAAUGGUAAAGCAGACGAUGGAAAAAAACCAGGAACAGGUCAUCGCCACGUUGCGCGAUAGUAUUGCAGGCAUGAAGCACGCUGUCCAAUGUGCCACGGAUUCAUCAAGCCUUGCGUCAUUCCUAGCCGACUCCGACAUGAUACAGCUGCUGGAGCUCCCGCACUUGGAGGAUCUCCGGCUUCUCAACGUUAUCCGGGAUACUCUAUCAGUCCUUAGACAAUAUGCAUUGAUGCAAAGAGCCCAGGUCCGGCAGCCGGAAAGCCAACCAAGGAGCGAGGAGAGUCAAGACUACGGCGAUUUCCCAGACCUGGACGAUCUGGACGAUGUUGAUGAAUUGCAAACUAUCCAGACAGCGUCUGUAGCUCAGUCUUCGUGCCUCGACUUCGUUCAAGGGCCUCUAUGGCAUCUGAUUUCCAAUGCUUUUGGCGCCGAACGUUCACCAGACGACAAUCUUCUCUUAGACUGCAUCGACGUAUGGGUUCUUAUUGCGGGCGAUCAAGUCUCAGGUGGUGGUAAAGACUGGUCAGCUUACAUUGCUUCCUUUAGCCAGGUCUCCUGGCAACAGUUGCGUCCUACCGAGCAGACGAGGAAGUUCGGUCCUUACUUCAUGGCAGCUUUGAUCGCUCGUGACCCUGCCGUUUAUCACGAGCAUCGACAAGAGUUUUUGACUGCUCUACUGCUUUGCUUGGCAGAUCGAGAAUCGAUGCUCAGAUUUCAGCAUCGACUUCUGAGUGCUAUUGUAACUGCAGAUGGCGGCCACCCCCUGUUGAAGAACCUUCCAUUCUUCAAAACCGAGGAAACUGGACUCUGGGACAUUACGGCCGACACUCUACGAUUGAGGCGCCUCGCACUCAUCUCAAGCCUGCUUUCGAACAUGCGAGAGCACGUAUAUACUACGACUGUGCGAGAGCCGGCAUACGCUUCCCAAUUGAAGACCCAAUACGCGGCGAUGCUGCAGGAAUUUAUGACCAGGCUACGAAGCAAUUAUCAACAGUUGCAACAAGGAGGCGAAGUAGCCGGAGCAUACGUUGAUUUCGUCCAAAAGAUUGUUCGGUUUCUGAAACAGUAUACGAGCGAUAUCUGUCCCGUUCUGAACUUCUUCACCGACUCGGUGGCCUUCCCGUUGCCAUCCACAGAUCCCUCGUAUGUCGUUGGUCGGCUCUGCGGAUACGCGCCAAAGGCACAAGACUUGGGCACUGCCAAACAGUUGUCGUGUUUCAUACAGACUGUCGCGCAACAAGCCGCAGCCGACAAUCAACAAGUUUACCUUAGGAGCCAGCUUACCACAGCACUAUGCACCGACGAAGCGCCCAUUACUGACCGAGUGGCAUUACGGACCGUGCUGCUCCAGGGCAUCUUCCCAGCUUACAUUGAAGGCGCAUUUGCCUCACGCGUUGGUCACCUCAUCGCCAGACCCAUUCUGCAAUGUUUGCCAACCGUGCUCGAUGAGUCGAUAUAUGACCUGCGGGUCCAUCAGAUCGAGUCCUUGUCAAUGACCAUCGGAAACAUUCGUUCGAUUGCGCAUGCCUUCAUUCGCGGCACAGAACAUUUGAAAGGCGAUGCCUCCCUCCUACAGCAGCCAAGUAUUCUGAACGGCUUGGUAUACAUGUUCGAAACCGCAAUGUCAAUAGUUCGGCUGUUGGACUACAUGAUGGACCGGACCGUGAGGACCGCGGAAUACAAGAGGCCGCCAUUGAUCACCUACCUAUGCGAUUUAAGUGUGUAUAUCGCGCAGAUGGUCACAGGCACAAUUCCACUCGUCGUGCCUUCGUUCCGCGGAGAUGCAGAUGCAGCAUUGUCCAGUGCACAAUACUCCGAUGUUUUGUCAUUCUGCACAAGGGACCUGCAAAGCAAGAUGGGGUCUGUAUGGGGCGAUGACCAAGACUCGAUUUGGUUUGGCCAUGGGCGAGCUAGGAAAGAAAUCGUGUGCGAUGUGGAAUCGGCUGAGAAUGGAAAGGCGAGACUGUUGAAUACUCUUCAAAGGUUUCAGGAGACGCUCGGUGACGGGCCUGUGGGACUAAGUAUCGAGGAUGACAUGAUUGUUUAGCAUGUAGACAUCAGCGCAUUUAGCGGCAUUCGGGGCGUUACUGCAUGGUAUGAUAAUGACCAAUGAUUACACCACGACUUCUGAUCAUUACCACACUAUCCUCAAUCGCAAUGUCUUGAUCACGAGAACUCGCGUCUUAGCCGUGUAACCCGGGGAGCUAUCCAAAGUAUCAAUUGAUCAUCUAUCUUGCGAUUCAUCACAAACAAUGCCUCCGAAAAAGAAGCAAAGAACGGGUAAGGACACGAGCGUGGCAACGCAGCAAAACGAGAAUCAAGAAGAGCCACGUGAAACCGAAAGCUCAGCGGCUCAAGAAUAUGCCACCAGUGACAAGGGUAGUGACGAAGGUGGCUCCAGUCCAAAACUUCGUGACGCAGGUUCUCCGUAG